CCCCAGAGUCGAAACCUGCCCACCAUGAAAGCAACAGCAAUCUUCGCGGCCCUAACAGCAGCCGUAUCUGUGCUGGCCCAAAUCCCCGACACCCCACGCUUCGACCUCUCCACCCCCUCGCACGACCUCUGGCGGCACAAAAAAACCGCCGCAAACACCGUCCAGCAAUCCUUCACCUUUGACAACACCAAUCGGCGCCUCUUCGUUGUGAACCGGCGCAACGGCGCGAGCACGACAUCCGGCGACCUGACGAUCAGCGAGCUCGAUUUCUCAGGAAAGUUACUCGGGUCCAUGGACCUACUCGCCUGCGGACACGGGGUGAAUAUCGCCGCGGAGCCCGUCGGGAAAGACACGUAUAUCUGGUCGGAGACUGACGCCGCAGAAAGCGGGUACGGCAAGGCGCUGUGGCGGUUCAAGUUCGAGGAUGGGAAGACACUGGAUAGUAAGACGAAUAAGGAUAUUGAACGGAUUGUCCCGUUGGAGAGGUUCAAGCGCGGGACUGCGACGAUUGACGCGGUGCAUGAGCGGUUCGUCGUGCGGUAUCAGUUUGGAGACAAGCAGAAUAUUGCAGUCUGGCCGCUCGAUCAGGUCAAGGGUGGGGAGUUCAACUUCUCGAAUCCGCUUGUGGACUGGGAGCUCCCUAACAUCAAGGACGAUCUUGGUGGGAUCACGGAUGUCACGCAGGGGUAUACGGUCUACGGCCGGUAUCUGUAUAUCCUCACGGGCGAGUCGUACCCGACUAGCGGCGGGGUAGUGAAUUCGCAGGUCUUGUCGAUGGACUUGAACACCGGAAAGCUCGUGCAAGGGCCGCUGUUGACACGUGCUGGGUCGACGCUGGAGUUCCGUGAGCCGGAGGGGUUGGCCAUCUACAAGACUGUUAGUGGUGAGGCGAGGCUAUUCUUGGGGUUCUCGUCUGGCAAGGCUGGGGAUCGCAGAUCGAACCUGUUUUACAAAAAUGUGUUGGUUUAGUCCGAGCAUGAGUAUCUGGGAUGACGUCGAAUACCCCUGUUAUCUCUCUCGUGCUCGGUUUGUUGUUGUUUAAAGAGAGACCUGGGUGUCAUU